UUGCAAGUCGAAAGUCGCGUUCGUCAGACGUGCGAUUAGAAACGCGUGCAAAGUGCAUUUUGCCCAAUGGAAGUGCGACGAAUUAAUUGUGAGCCGCAAAAACACAAACUGUGCCCCCACACAACAAAUACAGUAUGAUAAAAACGUGAUAACCAUUUUUUGUUCUCUUUAAAUUGGAGCAUCGCUUGUGUUUACUUUAAUUGGCCUUAUUAACAUUUUCCAUACCCGGCCUAUUUGCAUGUAUGCAAAUAGCUCAACUUUUGUUUGCUCUCGGAUAUGUGCUUGUGCAUACAUUUAAAACUGAAAGUGUUCAAUUGCGUAGAGCAGAGCCAGCAAAACAGAACUGCAAAACCACCAAAAACAAACAAACACUAACUGCAUUUUGGGCAAAAAAUCAAUUACGAUUUGAUUCAAAAUUGUAUGUGUCCAUCAAUAAUAAUUUGCAAUGCUAUAGUUAGAACGGAACAACAACAACAACAACUACAACAACAAAAAUCUAAAACAAUGUCUAAAUUAGAUUGGAAAACAGAAUGGUUAUGCAAAUUGAUAUUCACAACAAUGUCAUUGAUGCUGCAGCAAAAACACAUGAGUGAUGCGCUGCUGCUCAAGUGUCCACUGCAUCAGUUGCAGUUGCAGAAAAUUGUCGGAUUUCGACCGCCACUCGAUUACCUCAGUGAACGGAAUUUGAUUUACGCGCCACCGAUUGCCAGCAAUUUCAAAGAUCGUGAUCGACGCAGUGGCAACUACAGAUUGGGGGUUGAUAACGCUGACGAUGAGCAGCAGCCGGCAAGCGAGGUCUGCUGGCGUAGCUGUAACGAGGAUCCGGACUGCAUUGCGUAUGUGCAUCUGCUGGACACGAAUGAGUGCUAUGGCUACUCAUAUUUUGAGCGGAAUGCACGCUACUUGGCCAUUGCGGAUGAGUUGCCUCUGGUGGCGGAUGCCGAGGCCAUGUUCUACGAGAAGAGCUGUUUGCGCGUUCCCGAGGCGUGCAAAGGUCGACGCUGGGCGCUGACCAAAAUUCCGGGCAACAGUUUGAUGUACCAUGGCAAAAAGACAAUUUCGACGCUGGUCACGCGUCGUGAGUGCGCCGAGAGAUGUUUCUUUGAAACGCAAUUCAAAUGCCUAUCCGCCUCGUUUGCGCCAUCGUAUCGGAACAAUCGUGAGCGGUUUCGCAAUGGGGAACACUCUCAGAUGCCCCGCCUUACCCUCGGCCGCUGUACGCUGAGUGACAAGGACAAAUCCAUACAGCCGGACGCUUUCCGGGCGGCGCCCUACGACGAGGAGUAUAUGGAGAACCAGUGCUAUGAGCGACCCAUGGAGAAUGACAAUUGCUCGUACGAACUGUAUGCCAACAGCAGUUUCAUCUACGCGGAAGCCAAAUAUUUGGGCCUCACCCAGAAAGAGUGUCAGGCGCUUUGCACCCGCGAGUCCAAAUUCUACUGCCAGGGCAUCUCAUUCUACUAUCUCAAUCAAUUAACGCGCUCCGAGUGCCUGCUACACUCCGAGGACAUUGUAUCCCUCGGACCACGUAGCCUUAAGUUGCGCGACAACUCGAUUUACAUGCGACGCGUUAAGUGCCUCGAUGUGAAGGUGUUCUGCACACGCGAUGAGAUGAGCAUUCGCUACAUGCCCAAGGAUUGGUUUACUGGCAGGAUGUACGCCAGUAUGCACUCGAAGGACUGCCAGGUGAGCGGAAGCGGCAAUGAGAGCCUGCUGCUACGCCUGGAGAUUGGCAGCGAGCCCAAGGAGAAUCGAUGCGGCAUUCUGCGCGCCUACGAGAUGACACAUUCUUACCACAGGACCUUCAUAUCCGCACUGGUCGUCAUACAAAACAAUGCCAAUGUGCAGACGCAAGGGGAUCGCCUCAUCAAAGUCGGUUGCAUCCUCAACAAUGCGACGGCUAUGCUUGGCCAGAACGCGGGUGACAGCAAUACAGAUGCCUCGGAGCAGGUGCCCAGUGCCAUUGCCCUGGAGUCGUCUGUGGAAUAUGCAAAGCACAUGUUUCCUGUGGAGGGUGUGGUUCAUUACAACAGCAGCACUGCUGACCCAUAUCCGCAACCGCGGAUCACUUUACAAAUUGUGGAUCACACACAGCAGCACGAGACGAACGAUGUGCAGAUUGGCCAGAAUUUGGAGUUGCAAAUCGUUGCGGAAUAUAGCGCGGAUCAGUUCGGUGAGCAUCUGGAGUUGCAGCUAGCACCGUUGCCGGACUUUCGUGCCACCUCGCUGGUGGCCAAGUCACAGGACAAUCAGAAUUAUGUGCUGCUGAUUGAUGAGCGCGGUUGUCCCACAGAUGCGAGUGUCUUCCCAGCGCUGGAGCGUGUGCGCACCCAAUCCCGGAACAUGUUGCGCUCACGUUUCCAUGCCUUCAAAUUCUCUGGCACAGCCAAUGUCAGCUUUGAUGUCAAGAUACGCUUCUGUGUGCAGCGUUGUGCGCCUACCAAUUGCCUUUCUUCCUCGGAGGGGUUGUGGCAUCGACGCAAGCGACGCCAACUGGAACGGCCCGAACGUCAGCUGGAACAGGUUCGGGUGCAGAAUCCCGUUUAUAUAUCGACUGUUAUGGAUGUGCAGCAAGAUUCAGCAUUAAAUGCGACAGCCUCCCAAAUGGAACUGCCCCUCAAUUAUAAUCUGCACGUUCACGGACCGGAUCAAACUAAUGGUAAUAGCUUCCUGUACGGGGAGCGUGGAGUGUUGCUCAUCGCUGGCAUCGAUGAUCAGCUGCAUCUGGACAACAUCUGCAUCAAUCAGAGCCUGCUGAUUGCACUCUUCAUACUCUGGCUGAUCUGUCAGGUGGCGCUGCUGUUCGGCUGUGGCAUGGUGCUGCAGCGUUAUCGCCGCCUUGCCAAGCUGGAGGAGGAGCGACGGCGACUGCACGAGGAGUAUCUGGAGGCUAGACGCGUACACUGGGCUGAUCAGGGCGGAUACACGCUCUAAUUAAUGACUAUGUGUAAUGUGCGUUAAAAAAUUAUUUUUAAUGGAAUACAAAUUAAGAGAAUCUUAUUACAUAAAGUGCUUAACUCGUAAAUUGUAAAA